AUGCUGAAUGAAACUUGUUAUUUCGAUGAGCCGUUCGAUUUUAUGAUUAUUCAUUACAUUGCAUUAUCGAUUUCUGUGAUAAUUUAUGGAAUCGCAUUUUUUGUAUUAAUUUUCAAAACACCCAAACAUUUUCAAAAAUAUCGGAACUAUUUAGCAGCGCAUAUUUUUUCCGGAUUCCUUCUCGACUUUGUCAUGGGUGUCCUUUGGAAGGUUACCGUAGUCCUACCAGUUCCAAUAAUGUGCUCCAACACUUUUGCAUCCGAAUAUGCUCCAAAUGUCUUCCAGCUACUUCCAGCCUGUUUCGCUUAUACCGGAACAUCUGCAAUUUCACUUUUCGUAUAUCGUAUGGAAGCUGUAAUCGUUCACAGAUCUGAGCAAUCGUUGGUCAGGAAGUUUGUGAAAAUUACAAAAUAUGCGUUCUACGUCAGCAUAGUUUUUGUGCUGAUUUUUACUAUUUUAAUAUAUCCGGACCUGAAAAAUCAGAAGCCGUAUAAAAUGAAAAUGGAAGCGCGAUUUGGUGCAUUCAAACCAUACAUGUGGUGUGACAACUGCUUUUUCUGUAAUUUUGAUUCUAAAAUUUUUUUCGCAUUUUUCUAUGUGGCAGGUUGUGCAGUUAUACUUGGCGGUCUGACAGGAGGAAUCGCAUUUUAUGUGACUUUGAGAGCUCUGAAAUCGGUGAGCUCCAGAUUGACAGCUAAAACACGGGCAACACAUCGAAAUUAUUUGUUGAGCUUGACUCUUGCGGCCGCGGUUCAUGUUCUUUGUAUCAUCAUUCCACUGGCCGGGUUUUUAUCAGCUAUCAAUGUUCUUAUCAGUCUGAGCGAAUUCCGCUACUUUCCAUUUCUCCUGGCUCUCGUUAUCCAGGAACAUGGUGCUGCCUCUACUGUAAUUAUGUUUUUAACAAAUAAUUUACUGCGAAAAGCACUGAAAAAAUUGUUUUGGUGUGAAGAAAUUCUACCGACAAUGGAGAAUAGUUCACAGAGGAGAUCAACUAUAGUAGCAUGA